UUUUUUUUUUCGCUCUCUCUCUCUCUCUCUCGUGCAUCCUACCCCCCUUCCUCACUCCUCUCUUCAUAUAUCCCCCCUACCGUUCGUUUCUCCCUAUAAUACAUUACUUUUACAAUUGAAUCGAUCAGUAAACAAACCAUGGGCUUGGGAAUGGACAAGUGCUGCUGCUUCAUUCCACUUCGUCUGGGAACCUUUCUCAUUGCUCUCUGGUUCUUUGUGGUGUACCUGUUAGAUGCGGUUACUGGAUUCUUGGGCAGUAAUGCUGUCACUAUCUAUUCAGGACAAUCAGCAAAAGCAUGGUACUAUAUAGGGUUGCUACUGACGGUCAUUAUUUGCGUUGGUGGUUUCUUUGGUAUUAUUGGGUCGCUCUUUGCCUCACGCAAGUUUGCAAAAGCGUUCAGCAUCAUUGCAUGGAUUAGCUGCGCUCUUUCAAUCAUCAAAUACCUUAUCUCGCUUAUUCUGAUGGUCGUCUAUCGGGACACAAUGAUUCAAUCCUGCAAGCGAUCCGGCUUUGUUGGAUUUGACAACACGCAAGUGCCGCUCUCGCCGGCGGCCUUGUCGGACAGCAGCUACUAUGCACCCGUACGAUAUCCAGGCACGCUCAAUGCCAACGCCACGUCACAAGAAGAUUGUGAAGCAACGAUCAAGACGUUCUUGAUUGCAUAUGGUGUCGUUAUUUUCGUUGUUGAAGUUAUUCAGAUUUACUUUGCCAAGGUUGUCACCAACUAUUCAUCUCGCCUUCGCAACGGCGCGCGACACCAUAGACUUCACGAUCAACAAAUCAAGGAUUUCGAGGAAUCCAGAUACCACAUGUCGACGGUCUAUUAAUAAGCUUCUGGCAAGUUUUCUUCGACACUUCUAUUAACUCCCUCAGCACACUUCAAUUCCUUCAUCGCUUUUUAUCCCUCUUCUGUAAAUCAUCAUGUCUUAUCCUCUGCUCUCUUAAAAUAAAAGAACACGUUACUAUA